UAUAAUACCCACAAUUCACCAGUGCUGCAGAACUCUCGCGGGCUUUGUUUUGAUAUGGCGGCAGCUUUCAAAACUUGUUUCUGGUGUAAAUACACAACGUUUUAUGUUACAAGAACGAGGCUGCAUUUCUUGUGUAUUGAAGCUUCCUAAACAACCUGGGUCAACAUGACAUCUCCUGCCGGGCUUGGCUUCCCCGAGCCAGACAUCCUGGCUCGCUGGACGCCGAGCAGGACCCGCGCCGGCGUCAUCCUCCAUCCCUCACCGGAUUUGGCCGGAUCGCUGCGGUACGUCACUGCCAAGGGGCCCGCGCCGCAGAUGCCGGAGGACUCCUUCGCCUCUGACUUCGCCCCUCUGUCCGCCUCCACAGACAGCAGCCUCAUUGGCGCUGAAGGCUGUGAGCGGCCUGUUCGCGGGGAUGUAACGUAUAGGCCGACGAACUGCGAACUGUCUGUACCGACAGCAAUCCUACAGGAUCAGUUCGACAAACUGGAUGCGAUGGCAAACGAAGAUUUACCCAUAAUGAUGAAACUGGAACAGUUGAGGAAAUGGCAGCAGGAAAUGCAGAAGCAGCUGGAGGCUCAUCAGCUGGAGGAACUGCUGUGCCUCCAGGAGGAGCAGCAAAGGCUUCUAGGAAUCGGGAAUGAUCCACAUCGCUUAUUAGGGGAGAGUACAGAGUUAUCAGAGCCAGAAUGGGAUGAAGAAACGGUCCACUCUAGGCCGGAUGUGAACAGCUCUGAGUUUCCUCGGGCUGCCAGCGGCAUCAGACCAGAGCAGCAGCUUUCAAUAGCAGAUGGAAAGAAGGAGCUUUCGAAAGAUCAGGAGGAUGGAAUGCGGGACACCAAACAGAACGACUGGAGGCGACGUGGCGAUGGCCGAGCUUUCCCCGAGGUCGAAGAAGCAAAUCAGGAGUGUAAAGAUGCAGCUUCUGCUCAAGGAAGAAACAGGAAGGGGGAUCAGGUCUGGAAUGACCGACCAAUAAGACCAGGCAUUGUUGGUCAGAAACAGACCUUUGAGGAGCUGCUAGACGAGCAGUUGAGGCUGGAGGAGCAAAGGCUCAAAUCUGCCCAGCAACAACAGAAUCAAGCUCCACCCAAAAGAGCCUUUCUGAAACGAGGAGAAGGACUUGCAAGAUUUACUAAGAAUUCCAAAGCUUUGUCCAAAAAAGCAGAAACAAGGACAGACCAGAAAUCCGAACUCCAAGCCAGAGUCAUUACCCGCAGCAACUCCGCGCCUGCGUCCAUCCACAGAGGUUUUUCAAACUCUUCACCGCGGCUUCCUGUUCAGCGAAAAACGGCCAUCCUCAACAAAGAAAACGAGCUGAGGAGAGUCUGUCCGUCCCCUCGGGAGAUCAGAGCAGAUGGGAAGCCAGCGUGGACCAAAGUUUUAGGAACUCAUCAAAGACAGAACAAAGAAGAGGUUCUUAAAACCAAGCCAGAGAGCGGGAGAAACAAAAACGCUCUUCUUGGACUCAAAAAUGAGGAGAACAAGAACAAAGUCGGUUUUUCAGAUCAGGGUCAGAGGAGCUGCGCUCCAAACCCGGUAACCAAACAGGUGGGCACCAUGGAGGCGCGAGGAAAUGCUGACGGUGAUGCAACGAAAUCGAAAAGUUCUGGUUCCACAGUAGAAGCAACACCUCUGACAGAGAAGGAAGGUGGAGUUCCUCAGGAUUCCUUUGAGAUGUCGUUCCAGGAGAAGCUCCGGCGCUGGGAGUGCGACAAGCAACUGGAAAAUAUGGAGCUGGGAGAGUUUGAGCUGCUGGAGCAAGCGGCUGAAGAGCUGUCCUUUUCAUCAAACUCCUCUUUUGUCACUAAGGUUCUCCGGAUGGAUCAGCAGAAGUGGCAGCUGCAGACGGCGCAUGGGCUCCAUCAGAGGCGUCUCUCCUCCACCCCCAUCAAGUCUCCACCUAGAGGCGACCCUCAGAAGUGCGGUAGUGUUGAGCGUGACGCUGUGUCUGUGUGUAAAAGUGGCUCGGCUGCCUCUGAGGAAAAGAAAAGCCGUGCAGUCGACAAGGUUAGCGCUGAGGAUGAUGAUGGCGAGGACAGUGGGAGAGAAGACCAACGGGAGCUAUCUGACAUCUCAUCUGCUGGUGGCUCUGACUUUGGAGAGCAGGACGUCGUGCUUUUUCCUCCCCCGUCUAAUCCUCCAUAUGACAAACGAUCAUAUCAGGAGGAGGACAGUUUCAGGGAUUCAGCGUCAGACGGCGGGGAGGCCGACAGCAUCCACAGUUACGCAGAAGACUCCACCCUGACGGAGGACAAAGACAGCCGGCAGCCGGAUGUCAUCUUUGACGACGACGACGCGUGGAACGACCUGGAGGUCAGCGCAGGCGGGAAAACCAGUGACUCUACGGAAGUUAGUUUACCUUUCAGAUCUGCAGCCGAUGGCGGGAAACCUCUGAUGAGGAAAGUGGCAACGAGCAAAGCUACAGGGUCAGACAGCGGCCCAGAGGCUGACCCUCCACCUGCCUCUCAACUCAUGACGAGGUUGUUCCCCUCGCUGAAGCCUAAAGACAAGAGCACACCUGCACCCCCUCCCCCUGUGGGGUCCGAGUCCAGCCAGCAAAGCAAUGACACAGUCCAGCAGGCCCAGUCCAGGCAGCUCAGAGAGAGGCUGGUUGAGCUAGAAAUCGAGAUCGAGAGAUUUAAGAAGGAGAACGCCGCACUCGCCAAACUCCGACAAGACUGCGAGAAAAAGCAGGAGGAGCUCAGGAGGGAGCGGUUGGAUUUUGAUCAGGCCAAAGCAGCAGAGCUGGCCAGGUUUGACGACUACAAGAAGGAGGAAAACAGGAAGUUGCAGAAGGAGCGCAAACUUUUCGAGAAACACGCUACAGCUGCCAGAGCUGCACCUGACAAGAAGGAGCGAGAGGAAAUCCAGUCUCUGAAGGAACAGCUGAACUCCCUUCAGGAGGAGCUGAAGAGGCGGGAGAGUCGCUGGACCUCCACUCACACCCGGCUGCGCCAGCAGAUUGAUUCCCUCAACAAGGACAACGCUGCUCUUCGGGAGGAGAUCCAAAUGUUGGAGAAGCUGCGUCUGAGCGCCUGGAAGAAAAGCUCCGUUGCUGCAGAAACCAAAGACGGUCCCAGGACCUCAGAGAGCAGCGUGUCGUCUGGAACCAAAGGAGUCACGUUUGCUAGCCCCUUAGACUCCAUUGGAAGCUGCAGCAGCCCCCCAGCAGGCAGCACAUCUACAGGCCCCAAAGGAAACUGCAAAGACAGUGGCCAAGCAGGUAUGAAAAGCAGCUUGAGGAGGUCUGGAGGCUCCACCUCCUCAUUUUCCUCCUCCUCAUUAACCAGCAGGAAGCAAGAGGGCAGAUCUUCACCUGUCAGGAGGAACCAGAAACCCCCCCAAACCCUGGAGGAAUCAGAGGAGUCCUUGAAAACAGAAGUUGUGCCAGAAAAGCCAGAGAGCUUAGAGGCAAAUGAGCUAGACUCAGUCCAGGAUGUCAUCAAACAUCCCGAUGGGAAGAUUGAAAAAGUUCUGGUUGGGGGUGAUCGCCUCAUUGUCUUCCCCAACGGAACCAGGAAGGAAGUUUCUGCAGACGGGCUGUCGGUAAAGAUCACCUUCUUCAACGGCGACACCAAGCAGACCACAGCUGACCAGAGAGUGAUCUACUACUAUGCUGAGGCUCAGACCACACACAUCACUUACCCUGAAGGUCUGGAGGUCCUGCACUUCCCCAACAACCAGACAGAGAAGCACUUUCCAGACGGGCGUAAAGAGAUCACGUUUCCAGAUCAGACGGUGAAAAAUCUCUUUCCUGACGGCAGAGAAGAGAGCGUGUUGACUGACGGCACCAUCAUACGGGUCAACACGGAUGGCAUCAAGGAGAUCCACUUUAACACGGGCCAAAAGGAGGUCCACACGGCUGACUUCAAGAGGCGCGAGUAUCCAGACGGCACGGUGAAGACCGUCUACAACGACGGCCGGCAGGAAACCCGCUACCCAACAGGACGCGUCAGGAUAAAAGACAGAGAGGGAAAUGUCAUAAUGGACAAGCGGCCAUAAGGACUGCAUUAUUUAAACAGAAUCUUACUUUUAUUGUGAAGAGUCUUGUGGUUAUAUUUAAUGUCAAUUACUUCUUGAAACCAUGAAUUUUUGCACUGAAAUAACUCGGAAGAAAUCUUCAAUGUGAAAUCUGUAAAAGUUUUUGUUUAGCUUUUCUUGUAAAAAUAUUAAAUAUUUAUUUUCUUUA